GGAGGGUGCCGGCGCGGCCGCCGGUAGGAAGCGCCAGCUCUGAGUAGGGGGAGCGGCCGCAGAGGCUGCUCGGCUCCGCCGCCCGCCAGGCCGUCGGCUCCUGCUCCGGGCCCGGGGCGCCGGCUGUGGUCUUCAAAAUGAGUGUCCCCGACUACAUGCAAUGUGCCGAGGACCACCAGACUCUCCUCGUGGUGGUGCAGCCUGUGGGCAUUGUCUCGGAAGAGAACUUCUUCAGGAUCUACAAGAGGAUCUCCUCCGUGAGCCAGAUCAGCGUGCGGGACUCCCAGCGGGUGCUCUACAUCCGCUACAGGCACCACUACCCACCGGAGAACAACGAGUGGGGCGACUUCCAGACCCAUCGCAAGGUCGUGGGCCUCAUCACCAUCACAGACUGCUUCUCGGCCAAGGACUGGCCUCAGACCUUCGAGAAGUUCCACGUGCAGAAGGAGAUCUACGGCUCCACGCUCUACGACUCCCGCCUCUUUGUCUUUGGGCUGCAGGGGGAGAUCACGGAGCAGCCGCGCACCGAUGUGGCUUUCUACCCCAACUAUGAGGACUGUGAGGCGGUGGAGAAGAGAAUCGAGGACUUCAUUGAAUCCCUCUUCAUUGUGCUCGAGUCCAAGCGUCUGGACAGGGCCACAGACAAGUCCGGGGAUAAGAUCCCCCUCCUCUGUGUCCCGUUUGAGAAAAAGGACUUUGUGGGACUGGACACAGAUAGCAGACAUUACAAGAAGCGGUGCCAGGGGCGCAUGCGGAAGCACGUGGGAGACCUGUGCCUCCAGGCCGGGAUGCUGCAGGACUCUCUGGUGCAUUACCACAUGUCCGUGGAACUUCUCCGCUCAGUCAAUGACUUCCUGUGGCUCGGAGCUGCCCUUGAAGGGUUAUGUUCCGCGUCUGUCAUCUGUCACUAUCCUGGUGGAACUGGGGGUAAGACUGGAGCUCGCAGGUUCCAGGGGAGCUCUCUCCCUGCUGAAGCAGCCAACAGACACCGACCAGGGGCACAAGAAGUUCUCAUUGAUCCAGGUGCCCUCACAACCAAUGGCAUAAAUCCCGACACCAGUGCUGAAAUUGGACGUGCUAAGAACUGUCUGAGUCCUGAGGACAUAAUUGACAAAUAUAAGGAGGCCAUUUCCUAUUACAGCAAGUACAAGAAUGCCGGAGUGAUUGAGUUAGAAGCGUGUGUCAAGGCUGUGCGAGUCCUUGCCAUUCAGAAGCGGAGCAUGGAUGCUUCAGAAUUUCUCCAGAACGCGGUUUACAUUAAUCUCCGACAGCUCUCCGAAGAAGAAAAAAUCCAGCGAUACAGCAUCCUCUCUGAACUCUACGAACUGAUUGGCUUCCAUCGGAAGUCCGCGUUCUUCAAGCGCGUGGCCGCUAUGCAGUGCGUGGCCCCGAGCAUCUCGGAGCCCGGGUGGAGGGCCUGCUACAAGCUGCUCCUGGAGACCCUUCCCGGCUACAGCCUGUCGCUGGACCCUAAGGACUUCAGCAGAGGUACACACCGAGGCUGGGCUGCUGUCCAGAUGCGUUUGCUUCACGAAUUGGUCUACGCCUCCCGAAGGAUGGGGAAUCCUGCUCUUUCCGUCAGGCACUUGUCCUUCCUGCUGCAGACCAUGCUGGAUUUUUUGUCCGAUCAGGAAAAGAAAGACGUGACUCAGAGCCUGGAGAACUACACGUGCAAAUGUCCUGGGACCAUGGAACUCCUCACCCUCCCAGGUGGGCCCACCCUGCCUCCAGUGCCCUUCACCAAGCUUCCCAUCGUCAGGCGUGUGAAGCUGUUGAACCUUCCCGCCAGCCUCCGGCCACAGAAAAUGAAAAGCUUGCUGGGUCAGAACGUGUCGACCAAGAGCCCCUUCAUCUACUCGCCAAUUAUCGCACACAACCGUGGAGAAGAGCGGAACAAGAAAAUAGAUUUCCAGUGGGUUCAAGGAGACGUGUGUGAAGUUCAGCUGAUGGUCUACAACCCGAUGCCGUUUGAACUCCGAGUUGAAAACAUGGGGCUCCUCACCAGCGGCGUGGACUUCGAGUCUCUCCCCGCGGCGCUCUCCCUUCCGGCGGAGUCUGGUCUUUACCCAGUGACUCUCGUUGGGGUCCCACAGACGACUGGAAUGAUUACUGUGAACGGUUACCAUACCACGGUCUUCGGCGUCUUCAGUGACUGUCUGCUGGACAGCCUCCCGGGAGUGAAGACCAGUGGCUCCACGGUGGAGGUCAUUCCCGCCCUGCCCAGGCUGCAGAUCAGCACCUCACUGCCCAGAUCUGCCCAUUCCUUGCAACCCUCCUCUGGUGAUGAAAUCUCUACUAAUGUGUCCGUCCAGCUUUACAACGGGGAGGCUCAGCAACUCGUCAUCCAAUUGGAAAAUAUUGGGACGGAGCCACUGGAGACACUGGAAGUCACCUCCAGACUUCUCACCACCAAAGAAAAACUGUAUGGUGACUUCUUGAGCUGGAACCUGGAAGAAACCCUUGCCCAGUUUCCUCUGCAACCUGGGAAGGUGGCCACUUUCGUCGUCAACAUCAAGGUGAAACUGGAUUUCUCAUGCCAGGAGAAUCUCCUCCAAGACCUCAGUGACGAUGGAAUCAGCGUGAGUGGCUUUCCGCUGUGCAGUCCCUUUCGACAGGUCGUUCGGCCUCGAGUGGAGAGCAAGCCUGUGAACGCCCCUGAAGGCGGCAAACCAGGAGACCCGAGCCACAUGAAGACCUUGGAAGCUAUCCUGAAUUUCAAAUACUCUGGAGGCCCGGGCCACGCUGAAGGGUAUUACAGGAACCUGUCCCUGGGGCUGCACGUGGAGGCUGAGCCGUCUGUGUUCUUCACCCGAGUCACUACUCUGCCGGCGACCAGUACCCGCCAGUGCCACCUGCUCCUAGAUAUCUUCAACUCCACGGAGCAUGAGCUGACGGUCAGCGCCCGCGGCAACGAGGAGCUCAUCUUGCACGCCGGCGAGUGUCAGCGAAUGGCCGUUCAAGUGGACAAGUUCAGCUUCGAGAGUUUCCCAGAAUCCCCUGGGGAGAAGGGACAGCUUGCAAAUCCAAAGCAGCUGGAGGAGGAGAGGCAGGAGGCCCGCGGCUUGGAGAUCGACAGCAAGCUGGACGUCCACUGGAGAAUCCCGUCUCUGAAGCGCACCGGCGAGGCGAGCGUGGAAGGGCUCCUGAGCCAGCUUGUCCUGGAGCAUCUGCAGCUGGCCCCGCUGCAGUGGGAUGUGCUGGUGGACGGACAGCCAUGUGACUGUGAGGCUGCAGCCUGCCGGGUGGGCGACCCUGUGCGUCUGGAGGUGCGGCUGACCAACCAGAGCCCACGCAGCGUGGGGCCCUUCGCCCUCACCGUGUCCCCCUUCCAGGACCACCAGAAUGGCGUGCACAACUACGACCUGCAUGACGCCGUCUCCUUCGUGGGCUCCAGCACUUUCUACCUUGACGCGGUGCAGCCCUCAGGCCAGUCGGCCUGCCUCGGAGCCCUGCUCUUCCUGUACACGGGUGACUUCUUCCUCCACAUCCACUUCCACCAGGACAGUGCGAGCAAGGAGCUGCCGCCAUCCUGGUUCUGCCUGCCCAGCGUGCACGUGCGGGCCCUGGACGCACAGGCCUGAGCCCCUCCCGCCCCCUCGGGGUCCCUGUUCCUGUGGGCGCAGCUGGCCCGGCCUGGCCCCUGCCUUCCCUCCACCCGGCCCCGGUCUCGGCCCCUGCUCUUCCUCCCCUCUCUCCUGCGCCCCAGACACGGCAGCCUCACCCCUUCCUGGACUGGCCAGCAGGACCCUCUGCUGGAGCCUGGCAUUAACCAAACCCCAGAGCGCAGCGCCCACCCGGCCCGGGCCCCGGGGUCCCUGCACCUGCUCCCAGGACCUGGGGAUCACAACCCAGCCAGGGGAAAAAGACGGCACACGUGAGGCAGGGACCCCCCUGAGGCAGCCCCGGCAGGAGAGACGGCUUGGAGGGAGUCUGCCCCCAGCAGGCCGAUGUCGGGGGGCCCGGGGCCAUUCCCCGGCCGGGCCUGUGUGUCUGUGUGUCUGUGACAAGUUCUCCAAUAAAAGGCCCGCCUUGCUUCUC